UGUAAAAUAACUUUUCCAGCCACAACCCUGCCAACCACGCCGGACCCCCUGGUGGUUUCCAAGUGCAACACUUCGCAGUGCCAACUGCCGGAUUGUUUCUGUAGCUCGGACGGCACCCAAAUCCCGGGAGGGUUAGAACCGGAACAAACGCCACAAAUGGUGUUCUUGACGUUCGACGGAGCUCUAAACUUUAUAAAUUAUGAGCAAUACCGAAAUAUUCUGAACGAGACACGGAAGAAUCCGAAUGGCUGUCCUAUUAAGGCAACGUUUUUCGCGGCUCACGAAUAUUCCAGUUACUUCUAUGUGCAGAAAUUUUACUCGGAUGGUAACGAGUUUGGUGUUAAUUCCAUCAGUCAUCGCCAGCCAGAGGACUGGUGGUCCACGGCUUCGUAUCAAGACUGGACUGAGGAAAUGGUAGGUCAGAGAGAAAUCCUCAUUAAGUUUGCCAACUUAUCCCGUGAUUCUGUGCUGGGCAGUCGAGCACCUUUCUUGAAACCUGGCGGGAACAAUAUGGCUUCCAUGCUUUUUGACUAUAACUUUGCGUACGACUCUUCCAUUGCUGUGCCUCAGGUAACGACCCCCAUCUGGCCAUACACUCUAGACUAUGGAGUCCCUCAUCGCUGCCUGACCAAAAACUGCCCAACUCAUUCAUUCCCUGGUAUGUGGGAAAUUCCUCUGAACACAAUGUUUAGUGAUGAAGGUAUAAGUGGUCAGUGUGUUCUAGCUGACCAGUGUGUCCUACCCAGUGACGAGAAACUGGUGUUUGACUUCCUCAAUGAAAAUUUCCUCAGACACUACAAAACAAACAGAGCUCCAUUUGGUCUUUUCUUCUAUGUUAAUUGGUUCAACGAUAAGGUUAAAGUUAAGGCGCUGAACCAAUUCAUUGACCACCUUCUGGAUACUUAUCCAGACGUCUGGUUUGUAACCAUGCAACAAGCCCUUCAAUGGUUGAGGAAUCCUGUUCCCAUCAGUGAACUCACUAAAAACUAUGUAUCCUGGGCGUGUGAGAAACGUCAGCCAUCGUGCAAUAUCCCUAACACAUGCGCCUUGCCGUUCAGCAAAGAUCGGUCCUACGACAUCCGCUACAUGCAAACCUGUGGGAAGUGUCCCAUCCGGUAUCCCUGGGUAGGUAAUUUUGAGGGGAAAGACGAAGGACGAAAGAUCGUUGAUCUAACAGAAGGAAACGAGAACGAAGCUUUGAAGAAGAAGAAAUGAACAACGAACUCCAUUAGUUAUAUUUCUUUCUUGAUGUAAUAUUCGCUGAAUGUCUUCAUCUGCCUUCACAAAACGAUCAGUUUGCACAGCUUUUAACAUCAUGGCCCAUGGUGAUAGCUGUGAAUACUGUUAUUUUAUGCUUAAUAUAAUAUUUGUCUUUAUCACGAAGUGAGGGCAAUUUUAUUGUAGCAGCUGUGAUUGACUAGAUGUAUAAUCUUGUAUUUUACUUUGUUUAAACUAUUUCGUGAUGAUGAAUGUAUAUUUAACAAACCUUUAUCUGUAAAUGUUUUCACUAUAAACCUUUCUUCCGAGUAAACAUUAAUAUUAAAAGAACAUUCGUCUUUGUGAAGAAACUAGAGCUGCGACAAUUUGGAAAUUGAUCAAUCAUUUUCAUAAAAUCGAAUCGGAUAAUCGUCGGCCAUUUUGAAUUCAACAUUAUACUUGUACGACCUGCAUCUAUUAUGUCACGUAACACGUGUACGACUCGCAUCUGGUAUGUCACGUAACACGUGUACGACUAGCAUUUGUUAUGUCACGUAACACGUGUAGGACUAGCAUCUGUUAUGUUACGUAACACGUGUACGACUAGCAUCUGUUAUGUCACGUAACACGUGUACGACUAGCAUCUGUUAUGUCACGUAACACGUGUACGACUAGCAUCUGUUAUGUCACGUAACACAUGUACGACUAGCAUCUGUUAUGUCACGUAACACAUAUACGACUAGCAUCUGUUAUGUCACGUAACACGUGUACGACUAGCAUCUGUUAUGUCACGUAACACGUGUACGACUUGCAUCUGUUAUAUCACGUAACACGUGUACGACUAGCAUCUGUUAUGUCACGUAACACGUGUACGACUAGCAUCUGUUAUGUCACGUAACACGUGUAGGACUAGCAUCUGUUAUGUCACGUAACACAUGUACGACUAGCAUCUGUUAUGUCACGUAACACAUGUACGACUAGCAUCUGUUAUGUCACGUAACACAUGUACGACUAGCAUCUGUUAUGUCACGUAACACGUGUACGACUUGCAUCUGUUAUAUCACGUAACACGUGUACGACUAGCAUCUGUUAUGUCACGUAACACGUAAUUACUCUAUAUAUACUUGGAUAUUUGUUUGUGUGUUCAGGGAAAACUUUCGUAUUAAAACAAAAUUAUUAUUUCUAUUUAUGAGACGAUUAAGGAUUUGAUGAUUUGGAAAUCGAUUUCCGUGGGAAAUUGAAUCAGAUCCGAUUAUCAGAGUAAUCGUCACAGCUCUAAAAACAACAACAAACGAAAGUUGUCGUCCUUUAAUGUAGGAAAAGUAAGAUUUGUCGUCACAAGGUAACCAAGGGUGAUUGUAAUGAGUUAUGUAGCUAAAUGUUUAUAGUUUGUCUUUCAACCAAAGAAAACAAAUAUAAAUCAUUUUUUGUAAUUUAUUUCCAUAUUAAAGUUCUAAUUGUCGUUAAGGUUGAUACAAGAAAUAUUCACCAAUAAUAAGUUUGUAUGAACAUUUUUGUGAAAUAAAACAAGGCUUAUCGUAAACCAAAUAUAAA